CGGGAGGCGGGGCUGCGCCGGGCUCCGUGUGUCGAUGUCAAUGUGUCUGUCCUUCACUCCUCCAUUGUCUGCUGCCGUCGCAACCGCCGCUGCUGUCGCCGCUGCCGGAAUCGCCGCAGCCUCCAGCCUCGCGCGUCGCCGCUCCCUCCUCGGACAGAAAUUUUAUGAAUAAGCAUCAGAAGCCAGUGCUAACAGGCCAGAGGUUCAAAACUCGGAAAAGGGAUGAAAAAGAGAAAUUCGAACCCACAGUCUUCAGGGAUACACUUGUCCAGGGACUUAAUGAAGCUGGUGAUGACCUUGAAGCUGUAGCCAAGUUUCUGGACUCUACAGGCUCAAGAUUAGAUUAUCGUCGCUAUGCAGACACACUCUUCGAUAUCCUGGUGGCUGGCAGCAUGCUUGCCCCUGGAGGAACACGCAUAGAUGAUGGCGACAAGACCAAGAUGACCAACCACUGUGUGUUUUCAGCAAAUGAAGAUCAUGAAACCAUCCGAAACUAUGCUCAGGUCUUCAAUAAACUCAUCAGGAGAUAUAAGUAUUUGGAAAAGGCAUUUGAAGAUGAAAUGAAAAAGCUUCUCCUCUUCCUUAAAGCCUUUUCCGAAACAGAGCAGACAAAGUUAGCAAUGCUGUCGGGGAUCCUGCUGGGCAAUGGCACCCUUCCUGCCACCAUCCUCACCAGUCUCUUCACAGACAGCUUAGUCAAAGAAGGCAUUGCAGCCUCCUUUGCUGUCAAGCUUUUCAAAGCAUGGAUGGCAGAAAAAGAUGCCAACUCUGUUACCUCUUCUUUGAGAAAAGCCAACUUAGAUAAGAGGCUGCUUGAGCUCUUUCCAGUUAACAGACAGAGUGUGGAUCAUUUUGCUAAGUACUUCACUGAUGCAGGUCUGAAGGAGCUUUCCGACUUCCUCCGAGUCCAGCAGUCCCUGGGCACCAGGAAGGAACUUCAGAAGGAGCUCCAGGAGCGUCUUUCUCAGGAAUGCCCAAUCAAGGAGGUAGUGCUCUACGUUAAAGAAGAAAUGAAGAGGAAUGAUCUUCCAGAAACAGCAGUGAUUGGGCUUCUGUGGACCUGUAUAAUGAAUGCUGUUGAAUGGAACAAGAAGGAAGAACUAGUGGCAGAGCAGGCCCUUAAGCAUCUGAAGCAAUAUGCCCCACUGCUGGCUGUGUUCAGCUCCCAAGGCCAGUCCGAGCUGAUCCUCCUCCAGAAGAUUCAGGAAUACUGUUACGACAACAUCCACUUCAUGAAAGCCUUUCAGAAGAUUGUGGUUCUCUUUUAUAAAGCUGACGUGCUGAGUGAAGAAGCAAUAUUGAAAUGGUACAAAGAAGCACAUGUUGCCAAAGGCAAAAGUGUUUUUCUUGACCAGAUGAAGAAAUUUGUUGAGUGGUUACAAAAUGCAGAAGAAGAAUCUGAAUCAGAAGGGGAAGAAAAUUAGAUGGCUCGAGAAGCACAAUACCUAGGUUACCACACAACACUUUUACUGGGAAUGCUGAACCAUUUGAGAAGAGAAACUUGGCUUCUGUUUUCACAGAGGAAAAAAACAAUAGGAUAGGCUUCCCCUGUGCAGAGGGGGAAAUGGUUUCUGUUUUUGUUUUGUUUUUAAAUGGAGCCCUGAGGCAUCAGCUCUUAUACUUGGGACUCUACCUCUCACUCACUAUAUGCUAACUUAAAGCCAUUCAAUGGGGAGUCAAGUAGGUAUCUGAAAUUAAAUACUCAACAGACUCCUCUUUUUUAGCUGUAUUUUUCAGGUACUGUGUGGUGAACGCCCCACUGGUGUCUAUUACAGGGCCACUUUGGUAGUUGUGUAUCCGCUUGUGUAUGUGAUUUGACAAACCAGUUUUUUAAAAUAAAUGGCUUUUUAAAAAUC